UCAAUAUGGCGCUGUCCGCGGGACUGACGAACGACGACGAAACAAAGGAGUAGUUUCGUGCUGUUAUGAAUGCAUUUUCCUCAUCGUUAUGAAACGUUUUCCAAUGUGACAACUCUUUGUGUUAAUGGCAGGCGGAGAAGCCGAAUGUCAACGAAAUAAAGAAUGUUCCGUAUUGCUGCCUUGAAUGAGAGUGACAGUGGUGAUGACAACACUACCUACUCCCAGCAUGCCGCCACCACAAGAGAGGCCAAGGAAGCUGAAGCCUUCAGCCUGUACAGCCGGGCACUCAGUCUCCAGCAGGAGGGAGAUGUCAGCGGAGCGGAACAGACAUUGCAGGAUCUUGUGUCUCAUGAUUUCCUGAUUGAGGCUGCCCGUAUCGUGGAGGAGGAGCUGGACAAUGUGGUCCAUCCCGGCCUUCAGCUGCUGUACUCCAUCCACAAGAACUUGGCGGCCAUCGCUGCAGAGAGGGGAGACCUACAAGCUGCCAUGAAGUCCUACCUGGAGGCAGUGAAGAUCGACUCCAGUGAAGUGACUGUGUGGUACAAGAUUGGAACUAUUGGCCUGAAGAUACAUGACUACUCUCUCUCUAGGCUGGCAUUUGAACAGGGCCUACAAUGCAAUCCCAAUCACUGGCCAUGUUUGGAUCACGUGAUCCCGGUGUCAUACGCCUUGAAUGAUUACUGGCGGUGCCUGUACUACAUUGCCAAAGCUCUAGAGAAGGACUGUCACUAUGAGAAGGGGAUUGCCCUGAGAGAGGAGAUGUUCCGAGAACAACCUUCCCUCAGACAAGACUCCAAGGAUAUGUUCAUGUACUGUGACCCUAUCAUCUUCACCAUGAAGCUGGACAAGGAGGACGCAGAAGAGUAUGUGGAGGAAGCUCUAGCCAUGCGGAGGAAGAAGCGAGAACUUGCCAAGAAACCUCCACCCCCAGUCAUCAAGUUUCCAGAGAGGAUUGAAUCGAACACAUGGAAGUCAGUAGGGGAGGCUCUUAUAGCUCUCUACAACCAUGCUACCCGGGCAGACCCUCCAUUGAGCCUGUCUAUGCCAGUUGACAUGUCUGAGUACAAGGAGGAGGCUAGGGGAGACAAUGACAAGGACAAUGAAAGUAAAUCUGUCACCAAGGACUCUACUGAGAUACCAGAAGCAGCAAAUGGCAAAGAGGCAGAUUUGAGUAUGGAUGUUGAUGGACUGUUUGAUGUGGUUGAUGGCGACAUCAGGCCACCUGCAGACACUGACAAGAAGGAUGAUCAUGAGAAACAAUCUGAAGCUAAAACAGAUACACAAGCUCCAGUUGUGAAAGAGGAACCUGUGCCCGAUGAGAUUAAAGCUGAAAUAGUUCCAAUGGAUACUACUGAGGUGGCAGCUCUGGCUAUGGAAACUGUGGACACACCUGUGAAGGUUCCACCUGUAGUGGCAGAGAUAAAGACUGAGGUGAAGGAGGAGGUGAAGGGGGUGUUGGCCGAGGCCAUGGAUGAUGAUGGAGAUGUGUAUGCCAUAUCAGAUGGACUGGACGCUUCACCGAGUCAGUCACAGGUGGGUGACGUGUCUGAGAGGACAGACACUGUGUUACCUUUCGCUGUGCCAAUUUCGGAGGCUAUUGUUAUAACUGUGACGAGUCAGAGUCAGAAGUCAACAAUGGGGCAGGAUUCUCAGACAGCAACUGUGUCCAGCUCACCAGUUGCCUUAGCUUCAGGCUCAACAGUUCCAGUGUUGAAGUCACCUGUAUCUACAGCUCCAGGAACUAUAGUUCCAGCUUCCAUGUCUCCAGUAUCCAUGGGUAUAGCACCAACUGUUCCUGUGUCCAAGUCGCCUGUAUCCACAGUUCCAGGAUCAAUAGUUCUAGGUUAUAAGUCUCCAGUAUCCAUGGAUAUAGCACCAGCUGUUCCUGUGUCCAAGUCGCCUGUAUCCACAGUUCCAGGAUCAAUAGUUCUAGGUUAUAAGUCUCCAGUAUCCAUGGAUAUAGCACCAACUGUUCCUGUCUCCAAAUCGCCUGUAUCAACAGUUCCAGGAUCAAUAGUUCUAGGUUAUAAGUCUCCAGUAUCCAUGGUUACAGCAUCAAAUGUUCCCAUGUCCAAGUCGCCUGUAUCUACACUUCCAGGAUCAAUAGUUCCGGGUUCCAAGUCUCCAGUAGCCACGGUUACAACAUCAAUAGUUCCUGUGUCCAAGUUGCCUACCUCUGCAUCAGAUGCUGCUAAGACACCCAUCAUGAGAGGUAUGCUGGGUCAUCCUCAUGUUGUAGGGGCAGUUGAUGACCCCCACCUCACCAAGCCGCACCCAACAUCAGCAACUCAGUUGUUUAGCACCCCCAAGAGCAACCUGCUGCUUACCACCGCCGUCCCACCUGAACUUCGAAUUCAGGUUCCUAAUCCAAAGAUGCGUUCACCUCCUCUGACACCUGGACUCCUCAGUCCUGUACAACUGGUGGCUUCCCCUAAAUCCCACUCCGCUCCUGUGACACCAGACAUCCUCCAACGGAACCCUUUCCCAAGGUCGCCACCAUCCAGACCUCUGGAAGCCACGGCAUCUAAAUCUCAGUCUCUUCUGACUCUGGCCUUGACCCAGCCUCCAGCUCAACCUCAUGCAUAUAAUUAUCCACUAAUGCUAGCAGCUGGUGAUGCUCAUCCUACUGAGAUACCUGUCCAUAUUUCUCCAACAUCCAAAACCCUCUUGUCGCCUGUCCAUGUGUCAUACCCUCUACAAACCUCAACAUAUGUUUCAAGCACGAAAGAGACAUCUCCCAUCCAGACAGUUCCUCUCCAGAGUACAAUCUCCAGACAUCUGUCCACAGCUAUUCCUCUACAGGCAACAUCCGCUGGAGGCCACACCACUCUCAGCCCGGAGGACAACCAGAUGAUGGCACAGCAGGCUGCAGCUCACACCCUCAUCGCCCUGGCCCAGAUGCCCACUCAACUAUCUCCCCAGAGGCUCACAGCUUCUGCCGGUUUUAUGUCAGGAGGGUUGAUGAAGCAGUCACCGGAGUCUGUUGUGUCCACACAGUCCUUCCCAUUACCUGCUGAAGUGGCUCUGCAGGAUCACCCCAACCCCGUGUCCCGGGACUUGGGACGGGGUCUGACAGCAGGGCGGCUCGGCGCCAAGAGGAAGCGGGUCAGCAUUCCGAUUGAGGAUGCUGGGAUGAAGAGGCGAUCUGCAAGGGUUCGCAACACAUCACGGAAGAAGCAGGAAGACAGCAUCAACAUGCAGGAGCUGCUGUACAAGUUCCUGCCGUCGUCCCUCCUGCAGGCGAGUGAUGAUGAGGAGGAGUUGACGAUGGAGGAGACAGACUUGAGUGUCAUGGCAGUGGACAGUCCAAGCAGUAGAGGAGCAGCACGACGCCCCUCUGAUGGAGCACCGCUGGAGUCGACGGAGGAGAAGGAGGUGAAACAGUUCAUCCAGAAAGCCAUCAAGAACUACGGCAUCAUUGAUCUCCUGUUCCGCUUCCUCACCACCCUCACCGACAAACACACCAUGAAGUGGCCCGAAGGUUUAGGGGAGGUGUUUGUGCAGGUGUACGACAAGCUUCGCCAGCACCUAACAUUUCCAUGUGUGUUUGGGAGUGCAGAUGAUGUGAAAGAUGAGGACAUCUGCGAGUACGGACGAAUUUGUCUGAUGUGGGCUGAGCUGAAGUUGGACCAUUGGCUGUCGAUACAUUCCAACACUUCCGGCACAUCUCCAAGAGGGGGGAUCCAGUCAAUUUUAGGAGAGCCAGCUGCCAUGGAGGAGUUCUACAGAGAAGACCUGUGGUAUAUCACCACCCUGGCAGGCAGCAGAUGUCGGAUGAAGGAGGUGUGGAUAGAGUACGCUGCUAGAGUGUACUGGCUCAAGGCAAGGUUCUCCAUGAUUCAGAAUGACAAAGAUGAAGCUGACUUUUGCUUCGACAAGCUCUCCUAUGUAAUGGACUGUGCCAAGGAGGAGAAGGACAUCACAUACUUCAAGUUACAGAACUGCAAGGUGGAUGACGUAAUAUCAAAAGACCAGGUAGACAAGCAGCAGGAGUCCCUCCAGCGCAGCCAGUCCUUGGAAGAGACCCAGAAGCUGUAUGAAGCUGGGAGCUAUGACAAGGUGGUGGAGUUCCUGCUGCAGACCUUCUCUCAGCCACGCACAGCCAAGAAGAUAUCAGAGGCCCGCAGUUCUCUCCCCGAGCGGCACCGUCAGCUGAUGCUGCUGCAGGACUCACUGUUCAAGCUCAAGGACUACAAGAAAUGCCUGCUGUGGGGGGAGGUGUCCUUCAAUGAAGCUCUGCAGUGUUACCGCCGGGCGUCUGGACAGGCACGGGAUGAAUGGCUGACUACAAUCAGAAGGAUCUUUGAACACAUCAAUAAAGUCCUGGACAUUGAUGAGGAUAUACUGAAGAGUCUCCCAUCCAGCAACACAGUCCGGCACACUCAGAACCUCAUCCGUAUGAUUGAGCUGACGAUGGACUCCUCCGACACCUCCCCUGAGGUGCCAAACACAGUUGUGUUGUCAUGGAUACUGCUGUCCAGGCUCAUUAAGAGUGAGGAGGCCAAGUUGAGGUCCAUGUUGGCCCCGGGGGAGGAAGGGACCAACAUGGAUGGUGCCAUCAGCAGCUCCCUCAUGCUGCUCAACGUGGCACAUGAGUAUCUCGGCAGACACUCGUGGUGCACCAAGUCAGACGGUGCUCUGCUGCUGUAUUUCCUCAAUGAGCUGGAACAGGAGAUGAAGAAACCCCACUUCAUCAGGGAAGGGCUGGACAUGGCCCUAGAGCAGUGUAUCUUCUGUCUGUAUGGACACCCACACAAGCGGGGCAAGGCCAAGCACCUUCAGGACCACAAUGCACCAUCGAUAUCGUUUGUCUGGGAUAAGGCUGGGAUAGUGUUUGACUACUUCAAACCAGCAACGUUCCCAGAGUACGACAGCUACAAGGCUAACACAGUGUCAGCAGAGUUCGAGAAUCUGCUGCGUCGGUUAUUUGCCCUGGUUCCAAGUGAUGUUGGUGCAGCCAAACAUCAUGAGACAGUUCAGAACUACAUCGAAGGCAACACCAACUCUGCACCAUCGUCACAGACAGACAGCUCCAUCCUGAAGGGCCUCUACUAUCUCCUGGGCGACUACUACUUCAAGAAUAAGGAAACACCGAAGGCCAUCAAGUUCUACAUAUACAUGCGAUCUCGGCAGCAACCCCAACAGACUGGACUGCGUCCGUCACAGAGUAAGCUGGCGCCCGGCGAUGCAGGGUUGCCCUGGCCGCCUGGUGCCCUGACUGGCGGUCGCCGGCACUGCCCAGCUCGAGGACACCUCAAGCCCUGGCAGCCAGUCUGGGUUGCCGGGAGGCCUGUCGCGGCAGGUUCCUCCUGGCGCCUCGGCGACUUAGGCGAGUUCUGCCCGGCUGGGCUGACUUCGUUGCUUCUGAAGCCUCUUGACGCUUCCCAUGGUCUUUUCGGGUUCAACCUCUGGUAUAUCCUCGGCGCGUCUCUCAGGAGUAUGAAGAUGCGGCUGCCGGCGAAUUAUGCCGAAGGUGGACAUGGAGAGACUAGAUGGGCGAGGAGGAGCGAGGCCGGGAGGCGGAGUGCACUCCUUUGGCUCGUCUCUGAGGCGGGUGCGCGGGGAAAAAUUGCGAACCCCCUGCCCCAGGUGGCGUUCCCACACAGGCGCUUCGACCCAGCGGAGUUUGGCUCCGGGGAGGCUUUUAACGCCCUACCAAAGAUUAAGCCGGUAGCGCCUAUGCAUCCUACCAUCACUGUCAUUCGAGGAAUGUUACCCGUGCGCGGCCCAGCACCUCAAAGUAACCAGUCCACUCGGCCUACCUGUCUGCACUGCGAGGACAGCUGGCUCACAGCGCUUGUAGCGCCGACUCAUAGUGGGUGCUUUCAGCUUUCCAGCUCCACCGGGCGAUACUCGCGCAUCUGGCUAGGGAUGGCAUUGAUUGCGCAAUGCCAGCCAGAUGAUGAAUGCCGUCAUCAUGAACUUCGCGCCGCCUGUAGUUUGUCUGUGGCGCGGUAUUCGCCGACCACACAACAAGCGGCUCCUGUCAUUGCCCUAUACCAUGGGAUCUUCCCUGUUCCUGGGGCAUUGCAGGUAGUGCGGGGAGAACCCGCAGGAGGCAGUCUCUACCUUCAAAGACUAAAGCCUUUGUUGGAGCAGCCCUCCGGCUCCUUCGCCAGCGGCGGCCUUCCCGCUUUCGUCCUCUUAUCCUUCUGCCCGGCGAAGGAUGUUGCUGGACUGCCUUUGCAGUCCAAAGCGGGCUGGCCGAAAGCCAGGGCAAAUCUGCUCAAAGCGCCUUGGCAGCACGAGGAAAGGGGAAGCCAGCCCGGCUUCCGGCUGAUUCCUUCCCCAGAGCCCUUGUUGCCCCCCACUCCGCAUAGCGGAGACUUGCCGACUGUGGGGUGUGCACUGCCUCCUGCCACUGCGUCCCUGUCGGCCGGUCUGUCCCUAUUCCUCCGGGGUUGGGGGGUCCUGGGGCUGAUCACGCAGCCUCUGGCCUCUGGUGGGGCCGGGGAAGUCAGCCUACACAUCAAUGUGUUAGAAUCUGAGAGCUUGUCCGCCGGGGUGUUGAGUGCUUCCAGUUUCGAGAAUCUGCUGCGUCGGUUAUUUGCCCUGGUUCCAAGUGAUGUUGGUGCAGCCAAACAUCAUGAGACAGUUCAGAACUACAUCGAAGGCAACACCAACUCUGCACCAUCGUCACAGACAGACAGCUCCAUCCUGAAGGGCCUCUACUAUCUCCUGGGCGACUACUACUUCAAGAAUAAGGAAACACCGAAGGCCAUCAAGUUCUACAUGUACGAUCUCGGCAGCAACCCCAACAGACUGGACUCGUGGGCAGGGCUGGCACUGGCACGGAUGAGCCAGUUGGAACAGAAGCUCAGUUCAAUGGAGCUCCGCAUGGACAUCUCAAUACACAAGAAGUCCAUAGCAGCACUGCGCUGUUUCAGGCGAGCGGUGGAGAUAGAUGAGACACAGAGGAACCUCUGGAUAGAGUACGGCUCCCUGGCUUUCCAGCUACACUCACAUGCUUCACGGCAAUUCAAGAUGAGAGACUGGUUCCCACGAGAGACUGGUUCCCCCUGUGAUGACAGAGCUGCUGUUACUGGGAGCAGUGUGAGGCGGAGACACAAAGCAGGAGAUGCUGCAGAUCGCCCAGAACUGUUACUGGAAGGCCAGCGAGUGAGGCAUGGAGCAUUGCAGACAGGUGAGUUAGGAGAGGAGUGGCUGCACCACUACAUGAUAGGCAAGGUGAAGGAGAAGAAGAGGUGUCACCCUAAAUUACAGACAGGUGAGUACCUGGAGCACUACAGACAGGCAGCAAUCUACCUCCAUGAGGAUGAGGCCUUCUACCCCAAGAAGAUUACAUAUGCCAACAGCCCACCAAAACUGGCUCUGGAAGCACUUGAGGUGUUCUACCGCCUGCAUGUGGCCAUCCUGAAGCAGCUGUUGAAGAAGGACGGGAUGGUGGACUACGAGCUGUUCCAGCACUACCUCACAGAGGCUGCAGAGAGUCCCUUCGCAAAGGGAAAGGAGAAAAGGCAUGAAAGGCGAGAGUCCCACUCAGGCUCCAUGGAUGAGAGCUCCUCCUCUAACCUCACUCCCCCAGCCUACAGCCAGCUGAAGGCCCGCCCAGUAUACCACAUGACCCCCCAGGACCACACCUACUCAAAGCAGAAGAGCUCCGUGGACGGGUCAGACACAUCAUGUGACGUGGCCAAGGACGUUCAAGGUAGCGACAGCUCACACUCCAAACCUGCAGCUGUAGCUGCUAAGGAGGUACAGAAGUCAGAGGAUAAAUCUGGAACUGCUGAAAAAGAAGGAGGAAGCAAACCUGAAGCAAUGGAGGUGUCAAAAGAUGGAGAUGCGAUGAAGAUGCAGAGGCAUGUGAGUACAGGAUUUACACCAAAAGAUGGAGAUCCUACAGGAACUGCUGAACAGAAAGGUGUUGGUAAGGAAUUGGAAUCAGUUCCUGAAGAAAAAGGACAGAAGAAUGAUUUACAGGACAUCAAGGCAGACAGUGCUAAGUCUGAAAGUGGUGUAGUGAUGCCUGAUAGUGAUAAAGUGAUGCCAGGUGAUGAUAAGGUGACAUCUAGUGAUGAUAAAGUGCCAGCAGACAAAGGGAAAGAUGCAAAUGAAGCUGAACAGAAGGACAAGUUGAAUGAUAGUGUGUUGGUGUUGGAUCCUGCCACUGGCCUCAUGGUUCCAAUGACUGAAGAUGACAUGGUGGUUGAUGAUGUGCCAAAUAUGGAAGAUUCAGCUGGUGGGGACAAGUCUAAGGCCAAGACUGCCGAGGAUUCUGUAAAGGAUCCCAAACCUUCUGCAAGUACUCCAAUCUUGGGGAAAGUCCCUCCUGUCCAAGACUUAGAUGUUAUUGAGAUAAGUGAUGAUGAAUCUUCAAAUCCUGCUGAAUCUACCAAAUCCUCAUCAGUGAAGAAGACGUCUGACUCUUUUAAAGAUUCUGAAACUAAAGCUGGACCUGAAGCUAAAAAGGAGCUUUUUGGAAAGAUUAAGGAGAAAGGCUCUAGUUCUAACUCUCCAAAACCUGCAACUAAGAAUACUGAUAAAUCUAAACCAGAUGAUGAAUCACUGCAUGAUGAAUCAUCACGGUUGUCGGACAACUCAGAUGAGUCUGAUUCAUAUCAACAGGACUCCUUGGACACAGAGAUCCUCCACACGGAGCUGAUCGAUAAGUGUAUUGACGCACUUCAUCUGUGUGUGCAGCGCUUCCCGACUCACUACAAGUCCUUGUACAGACUGGCUCACGUGUAUAUGACAUCACCAUACCACAAGAACCUGGAGUAUGCCAGGGACUUGUUGCUAGGCAACAACAACUGGCAGAACCUAUCUCACAUGCCUGGACCAGGUCUGUUUGCAGAAAGACGGACAGCUAACUUCUUCCAGGGUAUAUGGAAGAUUCCCAUCGAAGAGAUCGAUAGAUCUGGGAGUUUUGCAUCUCACAUCCACCGUAGUGUCCGUCUGUUGGUAGACAUCCUCACCGAACAGAAGGACAUCAUGAUGCUGUACCACAUCCACAUACAGCUCAACAGAUCACUGGACACUGGAAAGAAGUAUCUCAGGGACCAGGAGAGGAACUGUUUUGCCAAGUCGUCCUUCAAGGCAAUCCUGGAGGCCAUCGGAGAGGAGCUGAGACAGUGGGACCGGAAGAAGCCACGAGACAAGCAGCUGGACUACUUGAUGACGGUGUACCGAGUGUGGCACCACUCUUCUCACAAGCUGAAUGCUUUUGUAGAUGGUGCGGACCUGUUUGUCAAGACGUACAAACUUGUACAGAAGGAUUAUAUUGAUAGCAGCCAGUCUGUCUUAGAGCAAGCAAUCAAAUUCUGUCAACAAAGAAUAGCAAUGAACAGACCCUCAUCUCAGUCAUCUGAUGCGAACAAGUCGGCAAACUUGAGCACAGUUGGAUUCCUGUCUCCUCCCCCUAACAAAGCUCCAUCCCAGACGUCCGACCACAGCUCACCUGGGGAUCCAGCCUUUCUCUCCCCCAAACAUACAGGCCCUUUCUCACCUUCACCCAAAAAGAACAUUCUGUCUCCAUUUUCAUCACCCACCAACCCAUCUAAACUGCCUGUCCAUCCAGAUGGCAGCAAAAUUCAAAGCAGCCAAUCAGAUGGCAGCAAGGUGUCCACAAGCCAAUCAGAUGGCAGUUCCACUGGAGCUACCAGCCAAUCAGAUGGGGAUGAUGCACUGGUGUCUCCGUCGCCAGGGAAACUGACUUCAGCGGUACAGGUACACCUUCCGCAUGGUCCUUAUUAAUGAUGGUGUAUAUCUCGGUAUGGCGGCAUGGUGCAUAUGUCCGUACUUUGUUUUGCCCACAGCUUAGCGAAAGUUCCAUCUAAGUUGUUGCACUUUCUGAUGACAAAUAAAUAUUUUUGGAAGCCGCUUUUUUGUGCAGAUCAUUGUUGUCUUUGUUUAUUUUCAUCUUUGUUCCUUACGCAUCUGAAUGCUGAUUGACUACCAUGUAUAUGCAGUAGAUGUUAUUUGACAAGUUGUAGCUUGUUUAAUCUGUUACACGUGCUGCUAACUGUAUGCUGCUUUAUGUGGCAUGUUGACUGAGGUAGUGUGUUACAGAACAGAUCACAGUGAUACAGAACGUUCCUGUAACCUUCCAAGGAGGAUUACCUGCAAAACUGUUUAUUAUCAUUUGUCUUACACAUAAUACAAAAUGAGAUGAGCUCUUCAUCGAAAGAGCCAAAAUGGGCUAGACAAUUUACGGAUUGCCAAAUUUCAAGCGGUAUAACGUUAUUGAACGUGAGAUGGAUUUCCAACGAUAAGCUUGAGAAACAGAAUCUGAAGAAACACCUUUCUUUUCAGUUGGGGCAGUUGGGUAGCCUAGUGGGGAAAGGAUUCACUCAUUACAUGAAAGGUCUAGGUUUGAUUUCCACCGGAGUACAAUGUGUGAAGCCCAUUCCUGAUAUCUCCUGCUGUAUUUUUACUGGAAUAUUUUGAAAAACGACGUAAAACCACACUGACUCACUCCCUUUUAUCAAGCUAUUGUGUCUCUGAUGCUUUUUGACUGUGUUUGCUAUUAACUGUUAUCAAGUAUUCACCAGGGAUGUAUUUGAUAAGGAAUACUUUCAGAAAUGUCAAUCUACCACAGGUUCAUGUGAGUACCAGAUACAAGGAGAUUGUGUUGUAUGAACUUGUAUACAGGGGUGUGGUGUAAGAAUAUCCCUGUGUGGAUUCUAGGAUGGAAUAGGCCUUCAGGAACUUGUGCUGCUAAUAUGAGGCGAAUAUGUGGUCAGAGCGGAUGGUGGUGUUGAUCAUUGCUCAAACUGGAUCAUUUGCACUCUUCAAUCAUAGCACAUGGAUAUAAAGCGCUAAUAGUUUAAGGAAAGAUGAUUCUGAUUAAGAUUAACUGUAUUCACUACAACGUGUGUGCAUCUGUGAUGUAUGAGAAUAGGAAAGGUAAAAUUCUCCUUGUAGAAUGUUAGAGCAGGUGAAGCUACAGUUGCUUGAUGUGUGAAGCUCUGUCUCUGAUCUUCCACCAUGUUGAAGUAUCCCUUUGAUCUGCUCCAUCGCUCUUUAGUGUAUCUAUUAGAUUUGUUACUUUGCACAAACAUUUGUUAUUAAGCACGAAACCAAUGAUCUCAAACAUAUUUUCAUGAUGAAUUUCAAAUUGAAGUCCAGUUGUCAAUAUAUUGCUUUUCAUUGUUAAAACUGACACAAAUGAUUGUAGACGAACGAUAAGAGAAACUCACAAAGCUGAAGGUAAUUCUGUUGUUUCUUUUGCAAUUGAAGUCUCAAUGUAUUGAAGAAAAUCAUGAUUAAAUCCUUGCAGUCUU